AUGGAAUACAUAGGAACAGCGUUUGAGGACUAUGCACUCAAUGAGUUCAUUAAAAUUCAACUCCUUUUUGAUCAGUCGUUUACUUAUGUGAAAGUAUCUCAGUUGAAGGAAAUUCCAGCAUCUCCUGCUAUUGUCAAUCAGAGCAAAUCAAUGUUCCAUAAAAGUAGUUCAUUAACAAAGAAUCUUGCUGAGCACAUCAACGAGAUUUCCAACUUCAACCAAAUCCCGCUAGAUUCUGAAUUCAAGAAGAAUAUAGUGAGGUUUUACUCACUGCAUAAAGCUAACUUCAAAUCAUUUACUCCGGAUGUUAUUGUUUCGAGUUUCCAGACUUUUUUGAAAACACAAAAACAUUUUGAUGAAAAGAAUCCUUUGUACUAUAUUCAGUCAGUAGAGCUGGUUGAUCUGAUGUUGGUCUGCAAAUCUUCGAGCAGUGAAAAUUCCCAGCUCAUAGGUAUACGUAAUGACUUGUUGAACUGUUCAUUUUUACAACUCCCUACCAUCACAGAUCAGAAAUUCAAAAAGGCAAUAUGCACCUCGUUUGAAAUUGAUGAUAAUAUUCUUGAAAGUAAAAUUAUUGAAUUGCAAGCAUCAUUAUCUAAGGAACAAGUAGUAAAGUUUUUCAACUCGGGACAAGUUCUUUCAAACUUUUACAAAGAAUCCGAUUUUGAAAACCCACAAUAUUACAGCAGCUGGUUGCUGAAAUCUCAAAACUUGGAAAGCGAUAUGAAAACGCUAUUUACAGAACCUUUUUCCUCGGGUAAAAGUGUUCCUGGUUCAAUCCUACCCAAUCAACUAGAUGACGUUGUGCAGCUUUUGAUUGCCAUUUCGUUGAACUCUUCUGCUCAUUUUUUUCAAGGCUUGAUCAAAUGCAUGCAGCUUUGGCAAAUAAACCCGUUCGACAUCCAAUUCAAAUUUAUUCACACAGCCGCUUUUGUAAAUAACUCUACUGGGAAACAAAAUAACAUUAUAAAUCCCGAAUUGGUCGAAAAAGCUUUCAAUCUAUCAUAUUUAGCAAUGCCUUUUCAAAUUCAGUUUCUUGAAUGGCCUCUAGAGGAGAAAAAAAACUUUCUGAGAUUAAGCAUGAAAAUCUAUGACGAAUCCAUAGAGUCCAUCAAACCGUUUUUUGGAAUGUUUUUCCAGGAUCAGGCUAGCUUUACCACCGUGUUGUCUUUCUUAAAACUUUUAAAGCUUAACUUGAAAAAUGUAAAACAAGAGAUAAAAAAUCACUUAGUGGCAGUUAUAGAUAAAAGGCUGCAACAACAUCGUUCGAAAUGCUCCUUGAGUACCUCGGGAGGGGUGAAAUUAGAAUCGCUGGUUAAAUAUUUGACGUCUGUUUCUAGAGAUAUUAAUUUGCUAUACAACUGGAAGUUCAAUAACAAAGAUCUCAAUUUGUCUUUCCAGGUAUUUGAAAUUGGUUCCAAAAUUCUAAUGAGUCCCACACUCGAACUGAUAAAAAAUUACAUAAGUGAUAUAAAGUCGACCAACUUUAAUCUAAUCACAAACAAAGACACCAAGGUCAACUUUGGUACAUUUAUUGAUUUAGUCAAUAAUUUAAAAUCUAAGACAAAUUUCAAGUACGACUUUCAAAACGAAAUUUAUCCUGAUUUCUACAAAGUAGUUCAAUCUUGGAGCACUGAAAUGAUAAACAAAACAAAAGUGAUAAUUGCAAACGAUACUUUAGUUAGACUUGAUGGUUGCUCAUAUUCGGCGAGUGUCCAAAACUUAAUCUUACUUUUUGAAGGUUACAUCAAAUUACUAGAGAGCUUCAAAUGGAGUGAUGAAUAUCAAUCAUCCGAAUUGAAUAUUUUGUUGUAUAGAAAUAUCAUCAACUCUGUCAAAUAUUAUCAUAAUGCAAUGAGCAAGAAACUGUCAGAAUUGACGAAAAUAAAUGAUAUGGAAGACGACAGGAACGUUGAUAGCUUAGUUUGCUUGAACAAUAUUUUCAACAUAAUGGAGUUUUUAGAGAAGAGAGAGAAAAAUCCAAAUGUUCUUAAGGUGUCUCAAUAUCUAAUAGCAAAUGGUUCCAACAAAAAACUCGCCAAAUUACCGAAUAAAUACAUUUCCGUCAACAUAAAGAAUGCUGAGAACAUUGAGGAUAUGCGGGGAAAGCCAUUGAGUCUUAAGGUUAGAUUAUCUGGAUUGAUAAGCGCUGAAACUAGAGCAAUUGUAAAAGAUUACAAUCCUGAUUGGAUCGAAGAAUUUAAUGUUAUUGUGCCAGGAAACACUAGUUCUGCUAACAAUAGGGGUAACCUUAGAAUUGAAUUGAUUGAUGUGGAUUCCAGCUCCACGUAUAAGGCGGUCGACUACAGAGUCAAUCUCAACUCUGAAAAUUUGUUUAAGAAUCAAACUGAGAAGAUCCUUCUGAAACCCAAAAGCGGUUCGCUCAACAUAAGUGUAAAUGCAGAGUUUGAAAAGAACGACCCACUAUUUUACAUUAUUCAUUGCAAAAACGAGAUUGAGAACUCGAUAAAGCGUUCCAUCAACUCUUUGAUCGAAAAGUAUUUGGUUGACUUCAAAAAUAUUUUCACUCUCCCCUACCUUACUCAGAGCUUAAUCGAUAACCCAAUCAGAUCGGAGAAUAACUAUAUGAAAUUACAGGAUCCAGUCAUAGAUACGUUGAUAGGAAAUUUUAGGGUCAAAAUCAUACCUCAAAUUUACAACAAUAUCGAAACCAAGCUAUUCGACAGAAUGAUUGUUGAAUUUUGGAUGAAGAUAAUCAGCAUCGCUGAAAAUCUCCUACUACCUCGAAUCUCCAUCAUAAACUAUCGCAUAAAUUCCAAGCUCAACCGAAAAAGUGCAAACGCUUCUUCGACACCCUCCAGUCCUCUGGUGGAUAAUGGAAAUCGUCACUCAAGCUCCCAUCAUUCUUCUUCACACUCAAUCCACGAGACCACGAGGGAAGAAUUAAUUCGUGUGGUGGAAUGGUGCUAUAAGUUCAGGUCAAUGCUCGAUCUCCCAGAUAUGAUCCUACAAGACGACUCCUUGAACAAGCCAUUUGAGGAGUUCAACCAGAUCAAACAGCUUUUCCACCUCUCCAUUAAAGAGUUGCGAGCAAACUAUUAUCAAGACUGGAAUUAUCUCAACCGCAACAUGCUGAACAAAUUGAGCAAGGGGGUCAAGUACGAGCGUAGCCAAUGGGGACAGGUGUCAAGAAACAAAGAGCUACUCCUGAGAAUCCUACUUGCCAAGGGCGAACUCAAGUUUGUGAAAACCUCUCUAGAAAUGGAGCAGCGUUUCGAAAAGACGGUCAAGACGGAAAUUGAGGUUAUUUAUCUUCAACAGUUUUUAUAA